AUGAAAUUUCGGUAUGAGAUUUUUGACCUUUUAAAGGGUGAAUUUCAAACCCAAAAAGAAGCGGCAUGGUGUAUAAGUAACUUAACAUUGAGCGGGACGUCGGAACAAGUUGCCUAUGUAGUUGAGCAAGGUGUCAUAUCUCCACUAUGUAAUUUAUUGCAACAACAAGACGCCCAAGUACUUCAAGUUUGCCUCGAUGCUGUUCAUAACAUUCUGAAACAAACAACAACAGACAGACUUGAUUACGUCACAACUGAAAUAGAAGGAUGUGGAGGCUUGGACAAAAUUGAAAAUUUACAAAACCAUCCAAAUCAAGACAUUUAUCAACAAGCUUUUAAUAUUAUCGAAAAAUAUUAUUCAACAGAAACGGAUGAAGACCUAUCAACAAAUGGACAAGCACCUUGUACUGAAGAUGAAUUUUCAUUUAGUAAUCAAACUGUUCCAAAUGAAAAAAUUGAGUUUUAA